AUGAAUCCAACGUCAACGGGCGAUACUUGUACUCCGCCGCGUCAUCCCGCGCCGCGUGCCGAGCGCUCUGUCGGAGACGCGUCUGCCGCGCCCUCGCCUAUAGUCGUCGGUGUUCGUCCGGAUUUGGUCGGUCACAACACAUUUUAUACGGAGACUCUCGAACCAACCGUUCUUGAGUUAAAAUCGGUCGGACACUCGGAGGUUACACGAUCCAGUCGCCAAACGCCUUUUCGACGGGACGCGGACCAGCGGACGAGUUCACAACACGCGACGCGAGACAUGUCGGUCGACGCGGAGGCGGCGCCUCUGCUCGUCCGCGAUGCGGGUUCGCCGUCGCGGGAUCGACGCGGCGGCAUGCCCCUGGCGAUACUCGCCGCGGUGGUCGGCCUGGUCUUACUGGGCGCGGCGGCGGCGAUCGCCACCGGCGGCGGCACCAGCGCCGGCGCUCCCGCGCUCGGCAUGAGCUGGAAAGUCGGCGACUGGUGGAGGCCCGGCGACCGGACCACGAGCGAGGUGGCGUUCAAGAAUCCCGACCCGGCCAAGGCCGCGGCGAUCGUCAAGGCGACCACCGCGCGAGCGGGCGUCGGGCAGACGCAGACGAACGCCGCCGCCGCGGCGGCGGCCACCGACGCAUCCCAACAGCAGCCGCAGCCACCGGACACGGCGGCGCGACCGCAGACGCCGCCCGCGGACGAGACGCCCGCGCGGCUGCCCGCGGAAGCGGCCGCGGUUCCCAUCGGACCGCACUCUACUAACCCGCCGCUUAAACCGCUUAAACCGCUCACCAACCAGAAGGGCCGGUGGAAGAUCGUCGCGUUCGCCUCCUCCAACUACCUCGGCAUCACCAAGGCGUGGUACGAACGCUUGACGAACCUCGGAUACACCGAGCACGUCGUCGCCGCCAUGGAUGACGAGAUCUUCGCGGAACUCGCGCGACUCGGGUACCGCGUGGAAGAUCACGUGGUGUCGCCCACGGAGGCGACGGAGCCGGGCGAGCCCGUGCGGGGGUGGGGGCGACACCUGUGGAAGCUGUGGCGGUACAGGCUGGCGUACGUCAACAGGCAGACGCAGAUGGGACGGAACGUCUUCCUCGUGGACGUGGACACCAUGUGGAACAGGAAGGUUGAUCUUUCGGACUUGUUCGACGGGACGCCGGACGAUUCAUCCGCCGACGUCUUCUUCAGCCAGGGCACCGUCUACCCUCACGACGCCUUCGACGCGUGGGGGUUCGUCGGAUGCAUGGGCAGCGUGGCGUUCAGAGCCACGCCCCGAACCACCGCGCUGCUCAAGGCGGCGAUGGAGGAUUGCAAAGCCGGCGCGUGCGACGACCAGGUGGCGAUGAACGGCGCGCUCCUUCGCAAGUACGGGGUGGAUUGGAACCGGGUUACCGGGUUCGGGCACGGCACGAUGGCCGCGCCGGUCGCGAAUAGGCUCAAGGUUACGGACGCGAACGCGAUGAACAUCAAAGUUCGCGUGUGGCCCAAGCCGUUCGCGUUUCGCAGCUUCAUGAAGGACGUGAGACGGGUGGAGAUGGCGAGUCUGGCGGGCUCGGCUGGGGGCGCGAGCGGGGUGUGCCUCGGGCAGGUGGAGCCCGCGGCGCUGGGCGAGGCUCCAAUCACGACCGGACCGAAGGGCGCGGUGGUGGACUACGCCAGGCCGUUCAUCGUCGCGCCGCUGCUGGACAAGGACGGCGAUAAGAAGCUGGAGGCUUGGAACAAGUUCCAGCGGCUCUGCUUCGUCAUCGACACGCCGGAGUAUCGCAGAACCGCGCUGCCGCAGCCGACGCCAGCCGUCCCGGCCGCGUCGCCCCAGUGAACGCCUCGACGCCUAGCCACGACGAUUCAUCAUUUAUUACGAUCGAUGCCCAUUCA